GGAAGCGAGUUCUUCGUCCACCCCCGCCAUACUCAGGCGAGUGCAUUGUAUCCGAGUAGACAUCCCCCCUACAUCGAUCAGCACCAGUCUGGUCAUCAGUGCUGCGGUCAAUUAGCCGCGUUGCUCUCCAUCUUGCUCCCAUCCGCUUCACAUUCUGAGCGCUCAUCGUGUCCGUUCCAAGCGCCCAUUCAGAAUGUCCCACUCAGCAUCACCUCAUCCUCGCCCACUCGGGGGUCGUCCACUACCUGCGGUCCCUACAAUCCGCAGACCAUCGCCCUCUGACUGCACGUCUUUCACCCACCACCGACCGUCUACCCGAUCAUCCUUCGAUUACCCCCUCUCGUCGCCACAGUCAGGGAGCCCGCCUCCCUCACACACCCCUGCCUUGUCAGUAUCAUCACCGAGUCCCGUCCCAUCCGUCCAUGCGCGGUCUGCACGUCCAGUUGUAAAGCUGUCCUUACCAUCCAAGGGGCAGGUCUACAACAAUCAUACCCCCAGCAGCACCAACAGUUACGACUAUCAGAGCGAUAGAAGUAGUUUUGAUGAUUACCCUACACCUCCUCCGAGUCUUCGCUCUGCAACCAACAACAACCUGAAACUUCAAUUACCAGCUAUAAGCACCAACCUCAAUUCCAAAUACAGGUCCACGACGAAAAUUGUCGAAAUUGACACUCGACGUAGUAGCGCGUCCAGGAUCGUACAAUCGCAAAGGGAGCGAUGCCGAUGGAAGUACAACUUCUGGAUCCGACAUGGACGAUGAUGAGCAAGACUAUGGAGGAUAUUAUGGUCGCCUUCAACCCGAAAACAAUCACUUCACGGACUUGAGAGGUGAUCUUAAUCCCACCGUGUUGCCUGGAAUCCCCACCGUAACUCCCCACAACGCGCAUAAAUAUGGACGUAAUGUGGAUGACGAUAACAGCGAUCACAAUCCUCGCCCGAGAAAAACAGGCGCAGACGCGUCAUCACUCGAUGACGUGAGAGUCUACGUCAAUUCUAUAGAGGCCGAGCACCAAAGGACUUU